GAGUAACAUGUUUCAGUGAGGCGGACCAGACCAGCGGCAGCAGCGACAGCAGCGACCGCGGAGCCUCGGUGCGGGUCAGACGUUCACCGCAGCGCCCCGCACUCAACUAACGUGACAGGAUUACUGCGCAGACACGUCCUCCACGCUGAUGUUAUGCGCUUCUAACUCUGCUUUGUUUUUGUUUUCCUUGAUUUGUGUUGAUGCUGGAGGAGAAACGUCACUGCGGCUAACCGAUUCCCUUCGCUCCAGAACCGGGAAUUUACAAUGAAACAUGUGAGGUGACACGUUUUAUUUCACCACCACGCUGGGAUCACAGAGGGAACCGAGCGAAGAUAACUGCGUGUGAAAGCUGUGGAACCUGUGAUCAAACCAGAGUGAACGACCAGAUCGGGAACAUCUCAUUAUCAAGUGGGGGAAUUUUCCCAGCUCCCCUCCUCUUAACUUUCAAACUCCUGUUAUACAUUUCACUUUAUUUUUUUCUAUUUCUGCCCCUUUUUUCAUGGCCAGGAUGCAGGAUUCAGAGCUUUUUCUUUACCUUCUUUUUCUUUUCCAACGAGACCAAAAGCAGAUGCCAAACUGACUGUGUCAAAAAAAGCAAAAAAAUAAUAUUUCAUGAAACUGCAUUUUCUACAUAAUCAUACAGUAUUUCGCCUCAGAAACUGAUUUAUUUGCCAACGUGAACCUUUAAGUCCACCAUCAUAUUAACAACUUAUUUACUCCUGACUACUUAAUCUUUCAGUGUUUGCUGCUCUUAAUGUGAAAACUGCGUGAUUUUCCUGCCAAGACCAUAAUCAGUGCAUUAUUGGUUCAAAGUGCUUUAUAAAAAGUUUGCAGAGUGACAGAGGAAGCAUGUGGUGAGGAGUGAUAAUUCUCUGACGGAGUCUGAAGGUUUUAUUUUAAAUCGGAGCGCCGUUUUGACUGACGGGUAACACAAGCCACGUUUGACCAGAUAAAUCCAAGCCCGCCAUCAUCACCGCCGCUGCUAUCUCAAAGGCUUAGACGCAUACUGUCCUCUCAGUCUGCGCUGUGAAACACUGUUGACACUUUGCCUAUCUCCUUCUUCCAGUCGCUUACAUUAGAAAGGCUUCUCAGUCAUUGUCGUCUCGUUUCUUCCAUAUGUUGAGCUUGAUUACUGACGUGAAAUCCCCCUUUAUCAAGUCCCACUGAACUCUUCAGCAUUCCUCUUUUUGUUCCUGAAAAAGCAUGCAAUUUAAAACCUUUCACUGUACUCAUGUUUGUACGUGAAGGAAAAAUAAUUUUAUAAGAAGGAACAAAAGGAUCAUAACGUGAAGCCAUACCGAACACCAGCCAUACAAAUGAACUUUUACAUUUGCAAAGCUUCUCACAGUAUUUUAGAUUUUUGUUUUCUAACAAAGUGAUCUUCGUCAUAUUGGUGCACGCACACAUUCAGGGAAUCCAUGAGGCAACAGCUCAUGAAAAACACCCAAAUUCUGAUGUUUGGAGGAAAGAGGAUCCUGUAAGUUUGUAGUUUUUGCAACUGCUUUUUCGAGAAUUGUUUCAAUCGGAUCGUCCGCGGCAUUAAAUCGUGGCAGCCACAGCGACCACGCCGAGUUCCCCGUCUGCGUCCCAGUUUCCUCUGUGUUGACGGAUGAAUCCAGAAAGUUUCAUGUCUGUUCUGUGGGCAGAACCUCGCUGCCCUGCUAGAACCGGGCCCAAGCCCUCCUUUGUUCUCUUCUGUUGGGCCAAGCUAAACUCAGAGCAGAGACACUCGAGCAAGGGAAUCCAACGCACAUAAAUCUGCGGCUUCUUUUUUUUUUUUUUUAAAGAAAAGUCUUCAGUUUUAAGUUCUCACCAGCUUCCAUUGACAUUCCAGUUUAAUGGACUGACCGUUUCCUUCCAGUAGCUGCUGGAAAAAACUUAAUUUCUUGAAAGUCCUGAUGCUGCUCAAUGCUGUUCAUCUGCAGUAAAUUCAUUCAACAACAUCAUAGCUCACAGUUUUUAAAUCCCAGUCGUUAGACCAAACUCCUAAGCAUACAGACCUUUACUGAUCCAUCUAAGUUACUUAAUAGAGCUAAUUAUGGAAAUUGAUAGUGUCCUGUAAAAGAUGUACAAACUGAAGAAACUUGUGCCAAAUUCAAACUGAUUUUCUUUCAGCUUUUCAAACAAAGCUGAGAACUUUGAAGCUGCCAUCACUGUUGUUUACAGACACAUAGCCUGGAAGAAAAUUAUUUUCUUUCCAUGUCAAAUUAUUAUUAUUAUUUUUUUAUUUACAACGGACAGUAGAAGUGCCAAACUCCCGAAAGAAUAGAUCCAACAUCAGUUCGAGCGAUCUGAAGUUUACAUACAGCACUAAAUGUUUACAAUCCACCGUUUCCAUUGCAAUUUGUCACGUGCCAAACCGAGCGUUCCCAUUGGUCGUUUUGUUAAGAGUUUAAAGUUUUCCUCAAACUCUGCUCUUUUGUUUACAGUAAAUGUGUAAAUACUGCCAUUUUGAAAAGUUUUGAGUUUUGGCCAAGGGGGAAAAAAUGCCACUCUGUCAGCUGACAGACCGAUACUAAUUAUUCAGAACCCAGUGCCAUUCAACACAGUCAUAUAGUGAAGUUAAAGUUGGCUGGUUUAUUAAACUGUUAUAUAGGCAGUUUGUACAGGGCCUAAAAUCUCUGAAAACCUCAAUGUUUACACAAGCUGCUUUUGGGAGGAAUUUCUAUCCAGAGAAAUGUUUACAUUCAGACGAACGAGUGAAAUGCCAAACACAUUCAUAAAACAGCUGCUGAACUGCAUCUGAACUAAAAACUGAAGUUCAAACAUUUUCAUCACAAAGGUUUUUAUAUUUCAGCCAGACGCCAUCUUGGAGUUGAACUCUGACAGCUGAUUUUCUUUUCUAAAUCACGACUGAAGAACUUUACCCCAGAACAAUGAAGUCCACGCUUUCGAAGAGGAUGCUUUCCCUUUUUGUCAUUCUGUUGCUUUUCUCCUGCCUGCCUGUUUCCUCCCUGACCAUUACCGUGGAGCGCCGAGAUGCCAACGGCGACGCCAGGACGCUUGGCAGCAGCAGUGGCACCUCUGCUGGAAAAACAGGCAGCACCUUGUUCCUCCUGACCGGCUACAAGUCAAACCCCCGUGGUGGAUCCAAAGUGCCACCGAAAGAGGCUGAGAUGAAGGACGAUGAUGAUCCAGCGGCGAUGGCUGAGCUCCCCCCGAAGCCCCUCCCACAGAGGAUGUUUCCACGGAACGCCACGGAAAACCCACUGAAGCCUCCGCUCAGUGGGGCCCAGGUGGCCCCGCCACUGGUGGAUAAUGGAGAAGUUUGCAGGGGUUACUAUGACGUCAUGGGGCACUUUGACAACACGUUCAACUGCUCCAAGGGCACGUAUCGCUACUGCUGUGGUACCUGCCAAUACCGGUUCUGCUGCGAGCACCGGAGGAGCCGACUGGACCAGGAUUCCUGCAAAAACUACAUUUCCCCUGUGUGGGCUGACCCUCAGGCCCCCGUCAGCGUGCCUGCCGCCAACAAGCCCGAUCCCGACUUCGAGACGCUGCAGCAGCAGAGCAGCAGUACGGGUUACGUGAUCGGAGGGGUGAUAUCCUUCACGCUGGUGGUGGCUGUGGGCGUCAGGGUCGCCUUCAGCAAGGUGGCGCGUCGACCCCGCAACAGAGAUGUCAACAUGCCCAGAUCCUUGGUGGACAUUUUGCGUCACCAAUCGAGCCCCGUGCAGCAGGGAGACAGGAACAACGCCGCUGUGCUGACCGCCACCACAUCCGACGGCCGCACAUCUAAAAGCCUGUACACCCCCGUCCUGCAGUUGAAAGACAACCGCACUGGGAACUUGCACCACCCUUUUAACCAGCAGGGGUCUGCCUCCAGCCCCAAACACUCUGCUACCAUUGAGCGCGGUCCUCGUUUGAACAACACCUCCCAGCUGUCGUCUGGGCCCAGCCUGAUUUCAGGAAGCGGUAAAGGUCCGGGUGGGGUCGGCAUCCUCACCGGGAGCAUGAGACACAACAGCAGCCACCCGUCUUUCUCCCACUCCUUCCACAACCUGGCGCAGCUGCCCCCGUCCUACGAGGCGGUGAUGAAACCAGAACUCAGCCGCUACAGCUCCCUGAAAAAACUGGAGAAAGAACUUGAUGAAUACUCGGGUUAUUACACCAACAAACGUCGUUCCAACAACGCCCCACCCUCCUUCCACUCCUCGCAGCACCACCUUCCCUGGGGUGGCGACUACACACUGGGAUCCAGGGGCACCCUGCCCCUCCAUGGAUCCCGUCCACACCUCCACAUCCCCACCUCCACCCCGAACCCGUACCCGCUUCCCUCCCAGGCGCCCUACACCAGCUCCACCUUCGACAGGCCGCCUCGCCGCGUCCGCUCCCAGGACCAGCUGCUGGCCUUCGGGGAGGGAAACACCCUGUCCCGCCUGAACAAGAACCAGCAGCACCAGUACUGCAAAGCCAUGAUGAGUACCAGUAGGAGCUCCACUUCACAGACGCUCCGCAGGUCUCAUGAGCGUCUGCUCGUCUCUCCGGACCGUCUGGAGGAUCGCCUGAUGACGAUGGGUCUGCCGAUGGGAACGAUGGAGAGGGGAGGGGGGAGCGGGAUGGUUCCCACCAUGGGCCGACUGAGCCACCACCAAAAGGCCCAGUCGCAGCAGAACAUCUGUGCCACGCCGUCCAUGGACCGCCACCACAUGAUCAAGAUGAACUCCCACCCGACAUCAGGCCACGACCACGAGCGCGGCUCCACAGCUGUGCCCGUGAUGGGGAUGCAUGGCGGCUGGGACUCCCACGGGGGCCAUAGCGGAGGAGGAGCGGGGAUAAUCGGAGGCCAACCCAGCGCGCGGCGCAUGGCUUUUGCCAACAAAAGGCAAAACACCAUCGAACAGCUGCACUUCAUCCCUGGAGGCGGAGGAGGGCAGGGACUGCGGACUGGAAGUAAGAAUGAGGUGACGGUGUGAGAGGAGAAGAAGAGGAGAAGGACAGGUGAAGAAUGAGGAGAGGAACCAAUCAGUGGAAGAAUAAAGAAGAGAGAUGAAGAAUAAACAGAAAUGAGUUUAACCCCAGCUGGCUGCUCAACCUUUAAAACAAAUUCUCCCCAAAAAACAAUGGUUGAUGACACCAUUCAUGUUAGUAAAGCCAACCGAUAUUCCUCUUGUCACUUUAUGUUUUGAAAAAGAGAAUAUUCAGCCAUUCUUUGCAAAAGGAAGAAAAAAAAUCCUCAUAAAAAGAGCAAAAAAAAAAAAUGCAGCUCAGAGGCUGCUGGGUAUUCGCUGUGACUUUUAUUGAAGGAUAUCCGCCAAGUUGUCGAGUCGUCCUUGAGUUUUAUUGCACUGUCCUCUGAGUCCUCGAGUGCUCUGACAGAAAUUCAUCUGUCGUUGAAUCCACUGUGGAUGGUGAAGAGCACCGAGCCUGGAGAGAGACAGGUUUGCUUGUUGUUGUCUUUAUAACAAUAUUUAGAACCAAACAAGUUACUUUUGUAUGAAAAUAACUCGAUAUUGAUUACAUUAACAUGACUGAGCCCUGUAGGAUUUUGUGUAUACUUAGUUGAACACGUAUUUAUCCUUAAAGCCAGCCGGUUUGUAACUUAAAGGCUGGAUUAGACGAUCAUCGCUUUCUGUAGUUGUGAUUGGACUAUUAAUGUAAAACUGCUGAAUCACUCGAGCCAAGUGCAGCUAACAGUCAUCUGAUGACUUUACAGCUUCAAUAAUUCAAGACUAGAAAUUUAGAAAUAAAAACAACACCGUCGACUCAUGCUGCUGCCACAAAGGCCCAGUCACACCAGCACUUCACAACAAAACAACAAAAUCAAGCCGGUGCUCCAAAUAAAUACUUCACAUUUUUAAUAAAUCAAGUCUCACGUCAAAAAGAAAAAGAAAAAUAUCAGUUUUCUGAAAAAUUUGAAUAGGUUUUUCCAUCAUGUUUAUUUUAUGUUAGUUUCAUUCUCUUCUUGUUUCCAAUAAAUCUCAGUCAUAUGAUUAAGAUGCACGGAUCAUGAUUUGACCAGAUAGUGCCAAUUCUCAGUUUUUGUGUCAUUCUGACCUGAUAGUUUGUUCAAUGACAAUAAAAGGGGCAACUUUGAUCACUGCUGAAUUCACCAAGUCAAACAAGACAGGCUUGUAUAAUUUGAGAAUAUCUUUGUCUCUAAUUUGUGCCCCUGCUUUGCACUCAUGUAUUUAAAACAAUGCAUACAACAACUGUUAUUGAUGUUGAUAAUUUAUGGUGAUACAUAGUCAAAAAUUGUUCUAAAAGACUCAUGUACAAUUAUUUUUUUUGCACAUUUUGAGAUUGUUUACAAUUAAUUACAAGAUAUUUCUACUGAUUUUGAUUCUGAUCCCCAUUUAAGUCAUUUGACUAUGAAAUAUUUUUUUUAAAUUGUGAUCCCUGAUCAAAUCAGAAUUGCUGUGAGAAAGCUCUGGUUGCUAUUCAGGAUAUCAUGACAACUUUUUUCGUCUUUUAGACUAAAAGUAAAUUAUAGAAAAUUUCUUUAACUCACCACUGGUCAAAGCAGGUAUGCAUCAACCCCUAAAAGACAUACGAAAUCACGCAAACAAAUCAUCUGUUGGACAUGUUUUCUUUUAACUGUGAAAAGUCGGAUGUAAAGUGAGCUGUAAAAGUUACAUAAGUGUAAAAUGACCAAUAUCCAGCUCACAUUGUUCUUCCUUUUGUAUUGUUUUUUAAAAUGUAAACAAUACUGGCACCUAUUGGUCCAGGGUGGGAUUAUUUUCCUUUUUUUUUUUUUUUGAUAAGAUAAAAUUCUUAUUUGGACUGAGAAUUUAAAAAAGCUCUUUACAUUUUUUUUCCCCAACAUAUCAAGUGAAACGCUUGUAGAAGUAUAGUUGGAGUCUGAAAUUAUUACAGGGACUUAAACAAAUUCAGUGAUGCCUGUGUGACUGGGCCCUAAAAUUACCAUUCAGUAUGUAACCAUGUUUUAAGCUAACUUAAAGCCUUGUACAGUGGAUUCUAGUGAGUGUACGACAUUUAUGAAACGUAAUAUUGAGAAUGUCUUGAAUUAGACCUCUCAUUAAAAGGAACCGAUCUGUGAAUAAACAUCCCCUGGCCAUGUUUCAAACUUUUCACAAGUAACUUGUAAAGUCGAGGGCUUCUUUUUGCAGCGCACUGGCAUAGAACAGAUCCUCCCGUUCGUCCAAGAUGCCACAUGCUUCCUGCAAGUUCAGCUGCUCACCUCGCACCAAGGGAAGGAAGGCUGACGGGUUUGAAGCGGGGGAACAAUGGACACUUCACACUAAGGGCUAAACUGAAUUUAUCUUUGUGUGUCUGUGCUCUAAACAGUGUCUGCUUCUCAUUUUCAUCUCUUGUAUCUGUUGGGAGGCAUGCUUGUGCUUAUUUUCACAGAUUUCUUCACAUGUAGAGAGAAAAGAAAUGCAGGGGAUUUCUGCAAAAGAAGCUUUGUGUAAAAAUAUAAUUUUGUUGAUUAUUGUUACAGGGGAGGAAGCUUUCCAUAAAGAUGUCAUAUUUUUGGAUUUUUGUUUGUUUCUCUGCCGAUAAGAUGGACCUUCUGGCUGUACUGGCUGGGUUUCUUUUUCAUAGUGAAGCUAUACUUUGAUAAAGACUGAUGCCACUGAUUGAGUGAUGCUUCCUGCCGGCCAUUUGUAGUUUUCUAUGUUAUGUACUCAUGUGUCAGUGGUUUGAUUUAAAAAGAAAAACAGAAAAACCCCAACCUCCCCAAAUGAGAAAGUGAGCACUCUUAUCAUGAUCUCUUCUUUUAUUUUUUUAAUCUCUGUAAAUUUUAAUGUAUAUGCCUGAAAUUUCAAUUUUACAACUUUCUAGUGGAGUUGGAAAAAAACAAAACAACAUAAAAACAAAAGGAAAGCCGUUGUAAUCACGGGAACAAAAAAGAGCAAAUGCAAUCAAGGAGAAAAGACCGGCUGCAUGAUGAUGUCAGCAGCCAGUGUUAGAGAUGUCACACUGCUGACUUACGAUGUCAUGGCGUCUAUGUAUCUAAUUGUACAUGCGUCUGUUUAAAAUUUACAUACCCGUGUGUUAGAAUCCCUGUCAUUUUUGUUAUAGGAAUGCUGACACUGAUUUUGUCUAAAAUUGAUCAUGAAGAUGAUACUUUGAUCCAAAAUACAACUGUUGUUCAUAUCAGCCUGUUUGUGCUUUUUUUGGUCUUCCAUUAUUGUCUCUUUAUUGUCACUUUUGUUUGGAAGAGGGACAUUGAUCACUCCCUCCCCUUCAAUUUGAGCUGUGUUCACCAAAGCAAUGACUUUUUAAACAUUUUAAAAUGUGAAUUUUCAAAGACUUAUAUGGUGAUAAAUUAUAGCAGUUAUAGGGACCUGUAAUAGCUGAGUGGAUUAAUUUAUCGCAUGGUUCAUCAGUUUGUGUUGCUGAUGUUUGACAGAUUAGAUUUCUAAUGCAGCUUCUUCCUACGUGCUCAUUUUUACAGAAUUUUAAGGGCAUAGAAGUUUGAAAAAAAAAGUCACUGUUCUUGCAGGGGGCUCAACCCUAAUUUAAAUGUUUUUAAGCAACAACUGCUGUCACUGAAAAGAAUAUGUUGUGGCCUGCCUUAGUUGCUUUUAAAGAACUGAGAGUAAAAACCAAUGAGAAAAUGUUGAAUAUGAAUUCAAUCUUUUGACGUCUCACUCAUUUCUCCUCAUAAUUUCAGAGGUCGUUUACUGUUGUAUUCCAUGAUGAGUUAACAGUUCCCUUGAUGAAGCUGUGUGCCUGUAUUUAUGUGUGAGUGUGUUAACCACGUGGGGGGAGGGGAGGCAUGGGCAUAUUUGUAUUCUCAAAGCUACUCUGCAUACCUCAAGCUGUAUGAUAAAUUAUUUAUAACAUUCCCUCAUAUGUCUAUUUCCAAGAAUAUCCCAACAACAGUCUCACAGAUGUGCAACCCUUUUGUUAUUGGUGAUCAAUUCUUGCAUUUGUAGAAAUCAUACUGUUUAAAUGAUAAUAAAAAAAUAUCCAACCAAAUCUAAUUUGUCUUUUUAUUUACCUUGG